AUGAGUCUGAGUGACCCAGAGUCGAAUCCCCCUGGAUUCAAAUUCAUUGGCUUGGGCCUCGGCGUAGGAAGCGGCCUGUUCAUCGGCUCAUCAUUUGUGUUCAAAAAAAAAGGACUGAUCGCAGCGCAACGUAAAUAUGAAACAACCGCUGGCGAGUCCCAUGCAUACCUAAAGAGCCCUAUGUGGUGGACAGGCAUGACCAUCAUGAUCCUUGGCGAAGUCCUCAACUUUGUCGCGUACAUGUUUGCCGAUGCGGUUCUGGUAACACCCAUGGGUGCCCUAUCCGUUGUGGUGUGCGCGAUUUUGUCUGCCAUCUUCUUGCAUGAACAUCUGACCCUCUUUGGAAAAGUCGGCUGUUUCUUGUGUAUCGUAGGCUCUGUGAUCAUUGCCAUCAAUGCGCCUGAACAAAAGAUCGAUGGAAAUAUCCAUUCAUACGAACACCUCUUUAUCGCGCCCGGCUUCUUGACCUGGCUUGGCAUCUGUGUGGUGUCGGCACUUGUACUCAUGUUUAUCGUGGCUCCCAAAUACGGCAAAAAGAACAUGCUUGUGUACAUUACCGUCUGCAGCGUGAUUGGCGGACUCAGUGUUAGUGUCACGUCAGGACUCGGCUCAGCUAUCAUUCUGUCGAUCCGUGGUCACAACCAGUUCAAGUACUGGUUCACGUACUUCCUUCUAAUCUUUGUCAUCGUCACACUCCUUAUUGAAAUCAACUAUCUAAACAAGGCCCUCGAACUCUUCAACACAGCCGCUGUCACUCCCACAUACUAUGUCAUUUUCACGGCCGCAACCAUCAUCACAUCCGUCAUUCUCUCUCAAGGCAUGCGUGCAGAUGCUGUGACGAUUGUUACUAUUGUUUUCGGCUUUUUCACCAUCUGUGCAGGCAUUGUGCUCUUGCAGCUAAGCAAGAUGGACCCCGACGAGCUCCGCCGCCAAAAGGGUCUUGACAGAAAGUCGUCCAUGCUCAUGAGUGUAAUGGAAAUGGGCCACGAGCUCGAAAAAGAGCAUCCUAUUUCGCACAUCGAAGACCCUGGCGUCGACUCUAUCCGCGGCGGCAUGGGCAUCGUUGGCAGUAUCAUGCGUGCAAAAAGCUCUCGCAAGGCAUCACGACAUCAACGGUCCGCUCAGGACACAAGUAUGGAGCCACUCACGACACAUUCCCGCUGCCAUCCAAAUGUCCCGCGGUACCAGUUGUAUGAUCGUCCCAUGCCGCCCCCUACUGCAACGCUUACGAAUCCGGGAUCCUCCCCGUCGCACCCUGCCUCAGAUCAGCAUCAGCAUGUCCAUUUCCUUCCUGGCAGCGACGAAUGCCAUGGACAUCAUCAUUCCUCCGAAGCAAGACAGUCCUCCGAGCUCGACAAACCGCACAAUCUCGAUCCACAUGUCCUUGUGCCAAUCCUCGAGAAUCGCGCAUCAGAUCGCACGUCUCCCAACUCGAUGCUAUCUCUCCCGCCCCUAGACGUCGAUGAUACGGCCGAUAUGGGCAACCAAAGUGCCAUCCAUCUGCAUGCAGCUCCAUCGUAUGAACUUGAUGCAUCAUCGUUUCUCGAAAGGGACCUUGAGAUCGAAGAGAAAGAGCCUGACGAGCAGGACGAGAAAGUCAUCGACAAUGAUGAUGAUGAUGACGAUGACGACGACGACGAUACCAAUGGCGGCAAUACUGUUCUUCUUGCAUCCCCGACGGGCAUUGUCGAUCAUUACUAUGAACUCAAUCCAACUGAGCUGAGCCCUUCUCGGAAUGCAUCUCUGAGACGUCGCGAACCAACUGAUUCCCCCCAUCCUGCCAAGACACGCUUCCUCGAGCACAAGGGCUUCGGCCUAUUUAAGCCACGUAUCCGAUCGCAAGGAUACGUUCAUGACACUUCCGGAUUUUAUCCGCGACAUUUCACUGUUCCCGGUCUAAGCUCUGCCCAGGAAUCCGCAGCGCCCAGCGCAGAGCAAGAGGACCUUCUACCGAAUCGGUCCCAAUAG